GCCUAUCUUGUCCUUGGCUUCAAGUAAGUUAUAUAUAAAAUGUGUAUCAACUUGUCAUUCAUGUUCCGAUUAGAUAUUAUUCGUGAGUAUUUACCAUUGUGGCAAGACAUUUACUUUUAUACUUCUGCCUCUUAAACUCUCGUUGCACACAUGUAAUAAAUUUUUUAUUUUUAUUUUCUCAUUCUUUUUUCCUUAAUGCCAUUAACGACCAAGAUACAACUCAUCACUCUACUCAUCACAAGCUGUAUCUUGUUCUAUUGGUUCUUAUUUAGCACAAGUCAAUCGCACAUUACAGACCAAUGUAACAAAUAUCGAUACUCAUUUACCAAUCUCAAUAGACCAACAAAAAAAGAGGAUGCACAUGUACUGAUAUUGACCCCAUUUAAACAAUCAGCUCAUCUUAUAGAUACUUACUUUGACAACCUCUUAAAACUUACUUAUCCUCAUCACCUAAUCUCGCUGGGAUUUCUUGUUUCUGAUUCAACGGAUGGUACUUUUGAAAAGCUUCAAUCUAGGGCACAACAGACACUACCUGAGUGGCAGCGGUUCAAUAAGAUCACUGUACUUCAAAAGGACUAUAAAUACGAUCUGCCUACGAAUGAAGAUCGUCACAAGUUUGAAGUUCAAAUUCAACGACGAGCCAUCAUGGCCAAGAGUCGAAACACCUUGCUGUCAACUACAUUGAGCGAGGAGCAGGAUUGGGUCCUUUGGUUGGACGGAGAUGUAGUAGAGUAUCCUGCAACCUUGCUGGACGAGCUGAUUUCGUUGGAUAAGGAUGUGAUAGCGCCCAACUGUUGGUGGCACUCGUAUAAUGAAAAGGGAGGAUAUGAUAAGAAUAAUUGGCAAGAGACGAAUGAAAGUAUAGAGUUUCAAAAGACAAUUCCUCAUGAUCAAGUACUGGUUGAAGGGUACGAAGGAGUCUUGAAUACACAUAGAAAGCUGAUGAUUGAUAUGGUCAAUGAAGGAGGCAAUACAGAUUUGUAUCAUACCAUUCCCUUGGAUGCUGUAGGAGGCACCUGUACCUUUGUAAGAGCUCAGGUGCAUCGUGAUGGUGCCAUCUUUCCUCCCUUUGCCUAUCAGCAUCAAGUAGAGACAGAAGGUUUUGCAAAGAUAGCAAAGUCUCUAGGUUACUCGAUUUGGGGAUUACCCAAUUACUUUGUAUAUCAUUAUAUCUAAUAGUACCUACUUCUCUUCUAUACACUUCACAAAGGGCAUAUCUUGGCGGCAUCAUACCUAUAAAUCAUCACAAAUAGUAAUAAUAAUAAUAAUAAU